GUCCGGUUCUUCUCCUCCUACUCGCCGGAGGUUGUCGGAUCGGCGGGAACUCCGGAGUACCGCAUGCACUUCAAGGAUGGCAAUGGCAACAAGAUUUCGCCCUGGCACGACAUCCCGUUGAAGAGCGGCGAGCUCUUCAACUGCCUCAUCGAGAUUCCGAAGAUGACGAAGCCCAAGAUGGAGGUUGCAGUGAAGGAGGAGAUGAACCCCAUCGCGCAGGACGUGAAGAAAGGUGCUGAAGGCUAG